GUUGUUCCACUUCCUCCCUCAUGGUAUUUCAUGGAUCAAAGUUUCAGCAGUUUCUGGAUUUCGCAUUUGUACUCUGCUCUUCUAACAGAGCUUAGAGUAGGAUACCACCGAUGGGGACAAACGGAAACGGCCAAUGUUCCUUCCCUCUAACAAGUUUACAAAUUGGGGACUUACAGUCCUAUCUUUCACAUCUUAGCCUUUUUCUUCCCCCUGAGACAAAAAAAAUCUACAUAUUGGUGGACAACCAACCAUGGAAAAACUUGGAUUCACGGGUUGCACACCUGUGGCAAUUGAUGGUUACCAAGUCCAGAUUGUCCCCAUUUGCAAACACUAGAGUGCGACGAGAGAGAAAGGAUCUUGGAAAGACGGUUGAUUUGAAGAAUGGUUCCAGUUCCUACUCGAGUAAAGCAAAUAAAUUUGAGAGAUGGUUCCAAUUGAUCGAGGCAGCAACAUUGUCACAGAAGAACUCUUUGCUGCCUGUGAAAAAACUGAAGAAUUCUUUGCUCUCAAGCCAUGACUUGUGUCGGACCCUGCAUGGAUUUAUUGUAUUUGAGGUUGCAUGGGCUGAUGUCCGUGGUAUUAACUAUUUGAAUGAGCUUCAGACAGAUACAUCAAUGGCAAUAGAGGCUAAAUUGAUGAAACGGUGGGAGUUUGAUAGUAUACAAAAAGCUACAGCAUCAGUUUCUGCGUGGUUCUCUGGGACACAAUCUGAACAGAACCUCUUGAAGGAAUAUCUCAGUUCCAUCAUUGGAGAGGUGUUUUAUGAUACUCAAGAAUAUUUAUCAAUGAUCGACCCUACUGAUGGUGGUGACAAUAUUUGUAUUGACAUUGGGUGCGGUGAAGACGAAUGCCCUGGUGACCUUGGUGGCAAUUUUAACGUAUACCCUGCAAAUUCUGAAUACAGAAUGCUCACAUAUGACACAGCUCCGCCACCUACUGGCCUAUACAAGAGAAGAAAAAUAACAAACUACAAUAGUGCUUGUGGGGACGUUGAUGCAUUUUCUGAGAAAACUCACUCUGAAAUUGGUAGCACACCAAAACAUAAGGGUACUUCAAUUUCUGCCAGUAGUGAUAGUGAAAUUGCAGUUGAAGCUACCCAGUACAGGAAUGUCUUGAUUUUGUUCAAGUUCAAUGACCCUUAUCUUCCAUUUAUAUUGAGGCCCAUCAUAAUGUCUGAUCUGCGAUUACUUACGUUGGUGGAGUCGAGGCUUCCCUCUUGGGUUAUUUUUCUUCAGUCAUAUCCAGUAUUUUGCCAUCUCUAUCGUCCAUGGAUGUGUCCUCUAGCAAGAGCUCUGUAUGUGCUGAUUUCAAUUGUCACAGUGCUUAUAGGGUUUUAUGACCUGUAUAAAAAUGUCCCGCUUCUGAAGGCUACUGCAUCACGAUUGUGUGGGCCCCUUGUUGACUGGAUGGAAACUUGGGAGAUGAUUUCACGGAUUAAGUACUUAGGGACUAUGCUAUUCCUACAUAAUUUUGAGAAAGCUAUUAAAUGGUUUUUAAUGAUUACUCGGGCUAUUAGAUCAUUUCUUUCAGUUCUGACACAACCAAUGGCUGGGCCUCUUGUUGAUCUUUUUGGUUUCCUUCUCCCCAUCUGGAAUCUAUGUCUCCAAGUAGUAGGAAGCUUUUGUUCGGUUAUGUGGGUUUCAAUUAGGUCUUCUUGCAGCUUAGUGGUGGACCUUGUGGAAAUCUUAUUCUUUCCAGUGCAGUCGAUCCUUUCUUUCAUAUGGAUCAUAGGCUCCUCCAUUCUGUACCCAAUAUUUUGGGUCAUCUCGGAAGUACUUUACACACCUAUCCGCCUGGUUCUUUCGAUUGGAAGUUCUGUAUCUUUUGUCUAUUCCGCUGUAUAUGAUUUUGUGGAAGAUAUUUGUCUGUCCAUCAGUAGUAUAUUUCAGUUUGCAUCGGCUUCUGAGGCAACGAUGAGCACAUAUGAAGUUUCCAUGUGGCGUUCACUUUGGAAUGAUCUUUUCUCCCAGGUUUUCCGUGCUCUUCGAAGCAUAGUAAAUGGCUUUGUUGCCUUCUUUGCAACCUGCAAUAGGCACCGCUUAAGUAUCUAUAACCAUAUGCUGGAAUUUCACCGGCAAUUAUCUUGCCUAUCCCACAGAUCAAGGACCCAGGACUCCAGUCAUUGUAGACAGAAAUUUGGAGCUCAGGAUUUGGUAAGUUCUUGAAUCAUUGCCACAAAAACAAACAAAUGUCAAACCAAAAGAAAUUCAUCAUGUUGUAUCCUCUGGUACUAGCUAUUAUAUGGAGACAUAAUUAUCUAUUUGUGCUUAGCUAGCUACAAUUAUUUGAUGUUAUGAAUCUGGAGUCUCAUUUAUCUUUUGGUUGAUUUCUUUGGUUUUGACUGACAGUUGGGUGCAAGGAACAGCCAUGUCAAGUAAGUCCAAAACUCAGUUUUGAGUUCCAGUAGGAAGUAAUUUUUAACUGUGGUUGAAAUCCAAGAAUCUAUUUGAACUGCAGACACUCCCAGCAGACAAUAGAAAAAGCACGGAUGAGACUACCGCUGAGGGACAUACAGGUCAAUGACAGAUAUUAGAAUUGCAUAUUUGCCUCUCAUCUGAGCCACAGAUCUUGGUAGAACUCCAUUCAGUUUGUAGUUUCUAUUCAUUAUCCAUUCUUUUCACAGUCAACUCUUCUCAGCCUUUCCUGAUGUAAAUAUUCAUAAGAAAGCAUGUGAAGUGCCCCCAAUCCUCUUUUUUUUU